AUGUCUGCCACAUUGGCAAGGAGAAUUUACCUUUCGUCCAGUAAAAUCUUAAUAAAACGGUAUGAACCAGCGACAUCAAGACCACAUGACUCUUUGGUAAUAGACCUAAAAUCGAGUACACCAGAACAACACCGUUUACGCGACAAUAUUUUUGAGGCAGACAAUCCUAAAAAGAGAAAACUAAUAGAUGGUGAAUAUAAACUAGAAAACGACUUCAGUGGCGAAGGAAACUUUUCUGACAAAAAUGAUUAUCAUGAUGAUGAGGAUGAGGAUGAGGAGGAUAAUGAUGAUGAUGAUGAUGAUAAUUCAGUUGAGAAUUGGAAUAAAACUUAUGACACCAGUUCUAUACAGAAACGACCUUUGUUCAGGGGACUUCCUGGUAAACGUAGAAAAGAAGAGCGAUCACGUCGUGAAAAAUGGGAUAAGCGUUUUCAGGAACCUCACAGACAAUCUAUUAAGAACAAUUUAAAACUAAAACUUUUAUGUGCUAAUCAGCAGCAAAAUCUACAGUCGCCUAAGAAACUAAAAAGUCAACACGACAUGACUGUAAAAGAAUCUAUUCGACAUGCCAUUGCACGUAGAAAAGACCUGUUUGAUGCGUUGUGGCCCGAUCAUAAAAGCAAAGAAGAGUAUCCAAUGGAGGAUAAUAAUGAAGGCGAUGACGAUCAAGGUUCGGAUGAUGAUGAAUGA